AUGGUGCGCGCCAGCACCGUGGGGGCGCAUCUCCCCGCGUCCGGCUUGGACAUCUUCGGGGACCUGAGGAAGGUGAACAAGUGCCAGCUCUACUACCAGGUCUUAAACUUCGCCAUGAUCGUGUCCUCUGUGCUCAUGAUCUGGAGAGGCCUGAUUGUCCUCACCAGCAGUGACAGCCCCAUCGUAGUGGUGCUGAGCGGCAGCAUGGAGCCAGCCUUUCACAGGGGCGACCUUCUGUUCCUAACGAAUUUCCGGGAAGACCCCAUUAGAGCUGGAGAAAUCGUUGUUUUCAAAGUCGAAGGACGAGACAUCCCAGUAGUUCACAGAGUAAUCAAAGUUCACGAAAAAGACAAUGGAGAUAUCAAAUUUCUGACUAAAGGAGAUAAUAAUGAAGUUGACGAUAGAGGCUUGUACAAAGAAGGCCAGAACUGGCUAGAGAAGAAGGACGUGGUGGGGCGCGCCCGUGGGUUUUUACCGUAUGUCAGUAUGGUCACCAUAAUAAUGAACGACUAUCCAAAAUUUAAGUAUGCUCUUUUGGCUGUAAUGGGUGCAUAUGUGUUGUUGAAACGUGAAUCCUGA